AACAAAACAUAAAGUCAAAAUUUUUGUAUUUUUACACGAUUACUAAUAUUUUAACACACAUCGAACACUUAAAGAAUAAGGUAAAGAAGAAUGGCGGGCAACAAAGCUGUUACGUUGGGAACAGCCGAUUUUGAAGUUUUCGGCAAAGUGCAAGGCGUUUACUUCAGGAAACAUACGCAGAAGAAAGCUCUUGAGUUAGGACUAAAAGGUUGGGUAAUGAACACCGCCCAAGGAACCGUGGUCGGGCAACUCCAAGGACCGCCAAAAGCACUACAAGAUAUGAAGGUCUGGUUGCAACAGGUUGGUAGUCCGAAGUCCAGAAUUGAGAAAACUACAUUCAAAAACGAAAGUCCCAUCAACAAUGUUGCCUUUAAAUCCUUUGAAAUACGUCGCUAGCGUGCAUAAUAAUUUUGAUAAUA